GCAGUGCAGAGCCUGAGGCAGAGCUCAGUCUCACCAACCUUGAGAUCAUGACCCGAGCCCAAAUUAAGAAUCAGAUGCUUAACUGACUGAGACACACGAGCGUCCCAAGGAAGCAGGAGUUUAUUGCUCAGGGACCCUUCUCUUUAAAGAACUCAAUUUGUGAAGGAAACAGAUUAAUGAAAACUAUGAAUGUGCCUACUGAUACUAAAAUUACACAAUGCACUUUAAGUAUGUGACUCUACUGCUUUGUGUAAUUCCUUUCAGGUGGAGGCACCAGUAAAGUCCCGUUUACUUAGAUCAAAAUAUCCAGUGGUAUUGCUCCUAGGCAUUGGACUUAUGGACCAAUGGGAGCUUUUGACUUCAUUACAGAUUACUAUAGGUCAUAGAGGGGUCCUCUGCUUCCUGGUUGGGAAUGGGAGAAUUGUGAUUCAAGUUGUUGUUUGGUAUCUCAGAGUUAGCAUUUUUCUUUGUGAUUCUGCCUAAAUCUUCCAUAGUUGUGCCUAUUUGGAAGUAUAUUUGACGAAUAAAGAUUUUUCAGAGUUCCGAGAAAUACUCUUGGUAUCAGAUUGAGUGUGUUUAUUAAGGAAAGACGAUUUGUUAAAGCAGAGCUUCCCAAGGUGAGGUUUGUAGACCCCUGAGUGUCCCUGAGAGAAUUUUAUGGGGUCUGUGAGUUUAACAUUAUUUUCAUAAUAAUACCAAGAUGGUUUUGCUUUUUGUAGGGUAUGGACAUUUGAACUUAUCAUACAAAUGUAGUAUUAUUUGUUGCCUGGCACCUUUGCACAAAUCAAGUAAUGGCACCAAACACUGUUAGUAAUCAUUGUAUUCCUUUCUACCACUCAGCUUGCAGGAAAAACAAACAAAAUGCUUUCACUUAAGAAUGUAACUGAUGAAUAAGUAACAUGGAUUUUAUUUAAACUCAGCUUUUGAGAACACAUUAUUUUAAUAUUUUGUGUGAUGAAAUGGGAAGUACAUAUAAAGGGUUUCUAAGGCAUGCCAAAAUGUGGUGGUUGCUGAGCAAAGACACUGGUGCAAUUGAGUUGUGAGCUGAACUUUUCUCAGGUAACAUCAUUUUUAAUUGAGAAGACAAUUGGCAGCCUUGCUUAUUCAUACGUAGCUAUUCAGUAGAAAUUCAUGGAAAAUGCACUAACUGAGCAUAUCACUUCAAGAAAAACAACCAACCAACGAUGUUUGUUGCCAAUGGUAACAUUUGAGUUUUAAAGAAAAUUAGAACUUUGAGCAGCUUGUAUCCACCAUUUUGAGCUUCAUAACUUCUUAAGACUUAAAGACUUAUCUGGUAAGAUUAGCGGUGCUAGUAAAAAGUAUGGUGUUUUAAUAUUGUCCAGGGAAAUGUGCCAAUAUUUGGAAGAUCUAGGUAAGCCAGUGAACCCAUAUUUUCAAAUAAACAAAUGCAUUGGGUUACUAAGCCAUGCAUGGAUACAAAGUGUAUUCAAAGUGCAGGAUAGAUCAAUGAAUUUAAUGUAACUGAGUAUGAAAAUAUCACAGAUUCCACAUUUAGCUAACCUUUGAGAGCUAACCUUUGAGAAAUGAUCACUUGUUGAGCUUUGAUGCAUUAUUAAUGAGGAAUAUCCGCAAUUUUCUGAAAGCUGUUAAAUUAAAUACUCUCUCCUUUUCUUACUACAUAUAUACACGUGAGACUAGGUUUUCUUCAUAUACUUCAACCAAAAUGAUCUAUCACAAAAGACUGAAUUCAGAGGCAGUAUAGGAUUUAUUCCGUUAAAGAUGGGAAAGAUGGCAAAUAUCUGCCAUUUAUGUUGUGUGACUCCAUGGGGUUACAUGAGGAAGAGGGAGUAGGAUUGUGUGUGGAUGAUAUACCCCACAUCUUAAAAGGCUGUGUGCCAGACAGGUAUGAGUUUAGCCCCCAUAAAUCAAUUACGCCAGACCAUCCUAUGUUCAUCGCCUCACCGUCACUGAAGGACAAGAUUCACUGUGUGGCCUAUGUCUUAGAUAUCAACUCUAUCAGUUCUAUCACCUCUAAGGAGGUGGCAAAGUUCAAAGAAGUUCAAAAAGAGGUCUUAAACUGUGGUACAGCACUUGUGGUCUUGCUUACUAAAAUUGAUAAGUGCAGUGAAAUUCUUCAAGACAACUUUUUAAACAUGAAUAAUUCUGUGACGUCCCAAAGCCAGAUAAUAAAAGUCAGCAAGAUGCUAGAUAUUCCUAUUUAUAAUAUCUUUAUGGUUGAAAAUUAUGCAUCAGAGUUGGAGCUGGACCCUUUAAAGGACACUCUGAUCCUGUUUGUCCUGAGGCAGAUGUUACGGAUAGUGGAUGACAUUUUAGAGGAUUUGCCUUUGAAACAGGGAGGAAGGCUGGAAGAAAAUGAAAUACCAGAGACAAGAAAUGGACAUGAAGGAGGGAGAAUGUUUCAUUUAUCUCUGGAUGAAGAUAUGAAUUUAAGGGAAUUAAAAAAAGCAAAUAUUUCUUUUUUUUAAA